AUGUGCAUCUUGUUUGUUUACGUCGACGAUGGUUCCGCCUCGGGACGGUACCGGUUGGUACUGGCGUCGAAUCGGGACGAGUUCUACGCACGUCCGGCAGCAGUGGCCGCUCCGUGGGAGGAAAACGAGCGUAUCAUCGGCGGACGGGAUAUGGAACCGGGCCGCGAGGGUGGCACUUGGUUGGCGAUUGGAAACCACCCCCAGGGAUUUAUCAAACUCGGCGCACUGCUGAACGUUACCGGAGAAAAUAAGGCAAACGUUACGAACGGCCGUGGUCCCAUUGUGGCCAACUUCCUGGCGGGUGAACGAACGAGCCAGGCAUACUGCGAGCACCUCCUGGAGCAGGACAACUAUGGGGCGUUCAACUUUGUAUCGAUCGAGAUGGAUACGGUGGCCACAGGUGCUCGUGGAGAGAACUGUUCGGAAGGACAGACCUCACUGGGUGCAACCAUUCUGCACACUAGCAACGCUCCGCACAGCAUCAGUCCUUGUAAGACCGGUGUGGCGCUCGGGUUUGGAAACAGCACCCUCGAAAAACCUCUGCAGAAAGUGUGCCGGGGUAGAGAGCAGUUUGCUGAGAUUGUUUCCCAUCGUAACGUGCCGUUUGCGGACAAGGAUGCCUUUGUGGAUGAUCUUAUGGGGCUGUUGAAGCGCGAUGAACGUCACUUCCCGGAUCCCGAACUGACCCGGCGGGCUGGACUGCACGCGGAGUUUCUAUCGAGCAUAAACGUUAGAAUGCCCAAUGGGAGCUACGGCAGCAGAACUCAUACCGUGAUUCUGAUCGAUCACCGAAACCGCGUGGAGUUUAUCGAGGAAACGAUGAUCGGUCCCGAUCCGCACAGUGGAAAAUGGUUGACGACGCGUAUCGAACGAGAUUUUUCCUAACGGCCGACCGGUAACUGUAGACAAAAUUACGGCACACAAUAACAAGCAAUAUAGGUACGAUUUUCCUCUGUAACUGUAGACUCUUAUUUACUUCAUAUUUCA